UUACAUAACAAUCCCCCACCUCUCCUUACUCUCUCUCUAUCUGUUGUCUGUCUCUCAACCUAAAAAUCGCUGUCUGUACCUAUCAUCAUAUCAGUACCAUCCAUCCCUCUUUCUGAAUACUCUGUCACCAUGAGAGUGAGAGCCAAACUCUUCUGAUCCAAAAACUCUCUUAAAUCAUUCAAUGAAUAAAUCAAUUCCUCUUAUUAUAUUAUAUACUAGAGAUAUACAUAUAUACAUAUAUAGAUAUAAGAGAAAUAGAAAAUGACCCUUAUAGCUUUAUAGCUAUACUUUUGCAUGAAUAAUUCUAAUAUCACUACUUCCAAUAUACCAUAUCCUUUUCUUUUUCUUCCUCUCAACUUCUAUCAUGGCUUUUCCACCUUCUCACACUUUCAUCUUUCAAACUCAUGAAGAUCAUCAUCAUGAAAACAUACUUUCUUCUUCAACUUCUCUUAACUCCUAUCCUUCCUUUCCACCUCAUCAACACUUUCAAGGUAGUGGAAGUAAUGGUGGUGCAUCAUUCAUGAUGAAGAGAUCCAUGUCAUUUUCAGGCAUAGAGAGCAAUCAUAUCAACACCAAUAAGUGUGAUGAAUUAGUGCAUGGAGAUGAAGAUCAAUUAUCAGAUGAAGAAGGGUACUCACAAAUGGGUGAAAAGAAGAAGAGGUUGAGUUUAGAACAAGUGAAAGCACUUGAGAAGAGUUUUGAGAUUGGAAACAAGCUUGAACCUGAGAGGAAAAUGCAAUUGGCUAAAGCUUUGGGGUUACAACCUAGACAAGUAGCUAUAUGGUUCCAAAAUAGAAGAGCAAGGUGGAAAACUAAGCAACUUGAGAAAGAAUAUGAAGUUCUUAAGAAACAAUUUGAUUCUCUUAAGGCUGAUAAUAAUACACUUAAGGCUCAGAACAACAAAUUACAUGCAGAGCUACAAACUCUAAAGAAAAGGGAUUGCUUUGAAAAUGGAACUAUUAGCCUAAAAAAAGAAAAUGAAGGUUCUUGGAGCAAUGGAAGUGAUAACAGCUCAGAUAUGAAUCUAGACCUUUCUAGAACACCAAAUUCACUUAAGCCUACAAGUAUGACACAGCUCCUUCAAUGCUCUUCAAGAUCAGAUCUUCAAGAUGAAAGCUUUUGCAACAUGUUUAACAACAUUGAUGAGCAGCAGAGUUUAUGGCCUUGGACUGAUCAUCAACAACACCAAUUCCGUUAAGACUCGAAGAAAGGAUUUUCAUUGGAUGUGGAACCGAUUUAAAAUGAAAUUUUUUAACCGAGUUAUAAAGGAUAAAUUACAUUUUAGUGUGAUCAUCAAUGAAUAUUUCGGAUCCGACUCUCCUGCAGUCAGAAAUAGCUCGCAUUCACUCACUCAAUCAGGAUAUCGAUGGUCAUUCGAUCAAGAUUUGAACGGUCCAAAUUUAAAUCUAAUAUUUUGAAUUAUAAAAUAAAAAUCUACAUUUGUUUGGAUAAUCGGAUCUUAAUUGAACCACCGCUGAUGUCUCGAAUGUGUGAAUACAACAUGAAGUUGGAUUCCGAAUAUUUUAGAGCUAAAACGAAGAGAAAGUUCACUAAACUUUGCUCAACCUUUUUUCCCUAUCAGUUUCUUUUUUCUUUCAAUUUAUGUUUUUGUAGAUUGGUGUAUAAAGUUGUGACAAAUCUAUUUGAGUCAUGAAGAGGUGGUGAACUUUUCAGUAGUGCAACUUCUUUUCCUUUACACUA